AUGUCGGAUGCAGAGCCUUCAGCAUUAUUCAGGACGAAGUGCACCUUGGCGCUCAGGGUUUUGGCUGCCCUUGCUUCCCUUGUAGCCGCCAUUGCAAUGGGAAUAAGCCAUGAGACAGUCCCUCUCCCCUCCCUACAUUCCAUCAAAAUAGAGGCCAAGGACGUUUCAUGCUUCAUGUACUUCAUGGGGAUUAAUUCAAUAGUCAGUGCUUACAGCUUCCUGGUUUUACUGCUUCCUAAAACAAGUUUGCUCUGGCGAAGCAUUGUGGCCUCUGAUAUGGUUGCUGCAAUGCUACUUGCUUCAAUCAAUUCAGCAACUUUGGGAAUGUUUUACAUGGAGAUGAAAGGGAAUACUCAUGCACAAUGGUCACCAAUCUGCGAUCUGGUCUCUUCCUACUGCACCCGGGUCUUGACUGCUGUAACUGCUGGCUACAUUGCCCUCGGCAUGUAUUUCUUUAAUAUCAUUUUUUGCCUCUGCAUGGCACUCAAUCCUCUUCUCCUCCAAGCGCCAAAGAAAGAACCGCCACCGCCAAAGAAAUAGCAGACUGCUCCCUGAUUUUGAGCCAUUCCUAAUGAUAAAUAACUAUCAUUUCUGAGAACAUUAUCUAUGUUCAAGCGAAUCUCUUGGCAACAGGGAAAACAUUUCUUUUUUGUCAUGGUCAGCAUCGUUAUGUACUCCAUCUUCCUAGUUAUUAUAUUUGGGGAAUUGCAAAUAAGCUAAUCGAUGUGCUUAUCAUCAUAAAAU